UCGUUUUAAUUUUCUUCGCGACAAAAUACUUUGUAAAAGUUGUUCGGGAUAUCAAACGUCUCGAAGGUGUAAUGAAAAGUCCAUUGUUCUCACACGUGAACGAGACGCUAAACGGUCUACCAACGAUUAGAAGUAGUGGCAAUGAAAUCGAGAAAAUGAUGCGAACACAGUUCGAUGUGUUGCAAGAUCAUCACUCCGGAACGUGGUAUCUCUUUCUAACAUGUUCGGCGACCUUCGGUAUCUUUAUAGAUCUAAUUAUGUGCUCGUUCCUUGCAUGCCUUUGUUUCUUCCUUAUAUCGAUAAAUGAAAAUGCUGCAGUUAGCAUAGACGGGAACACAUCGGGUCUAGCCAUAUCGCAAUCGUUGCGUCUGUUCGGUAUCUUGCAAUACGGCAUAAAGAUGUUUAUUGAAACUAUGGCGCUAAUGAUUUCCGUAGAAAGGAUUCUCCAGUAUACGAAUCUUCCAAAGGAAGAACCUGUUACUUCGGACAAUCCACCGCCGCCCACAUGGCCGUCCCAAGGACGAUUGAUAUUAAAGAACGUCAAUAUGAAGUAUCGCAAAGAUAAUCCACUGGUUUUGAAGAAUCUGAACGUAUCUAUUGAGCCUGGUUGGAAAGUUGGCGUAGUGGGAC